CGUCGCGACGCCACAUCCGGUCGCGUCGUUUCCGUUUCCGGUCUGGGGAAGCGGGCGGCUGCCGCUGCUGCUGCUGCCGGGCGAAAUGGAGCGGCGGAGGCUCAGGCGGCGGUUCUGCAGGGAGGCGGUGACGGCGCUUCCUCGAACGACGUCAGAGGAGCUUUAGUCAGGAUGUUUCUUUCGCCGAAGAUGCUGCCAUGCAAGAAGAGAAGAGCCGUCGCGGCAGAUUCCUCCGAGGGCGAGGCAGGGCUCUCUUCCGAUGUGCCGUUUCUUGAAAUGGAGACUUCUCCCGCAGGUGAUGCUAACCAGCUCCACGACCUGGUGCAGCAGGCCAAGGGCGAAAGCAAUCCUGUCUUGCCUGAAGGGAGAGAACUCGAUGGCCCAUCUGCUGAUAGGCCGGUCGGUCUACCCACGCCGGAUUUGCCAGUAUCUUUUGGGGACUUGGAAGCUGCCAGUAAAGAAUUGGGCAAGGUGGUUCUGACAGAUGACGCAGGUCAGAAAGGCUGGAGGGAAUCAGCAGAAGCUUCUUUGAGAGGGGGAAAGAAGAGCUUGUCUAAGGUACCACUGGAUCUCUGUCAGCAGCAAAGAGAAGAGCCUUCGGGCGACAGGAGCCCUCUCGUAUCGGAGUUUCUCACGGACAAGGAGCGGAAAUUGAACCAUGAAGCCGUUAGCCUUUCUCCAAAGCUGGAGGCUGAAUGGGAGGCCGGUGACGAUGCGCCGUUUGCGAAGGCCCCAAGGAUGUUGCAGAGCACCGAACUGCUCCAAGAGGCCAAGGAGGAGCCUGAGGAGACGGGGCUUUUUAUCCCAGUGGAGGAGCAAGAAGAAGGAGGGAAGCGGAAGAGGAGGAAGGCGACGAAACGGAAACGGGAGGAGAAAUGCCCGGAGGAGGACGAGGGGCCCCUGGCCUGCGACCUCAAAUUGGACGACGCUCUGGACCGGACUUUGGAAGACGGGGCGAAGCAGCACAACCUGACGGCCGUCAAUGUGCGGAACAUCCUCCACGAAGUGAUCACGAACGAGCACGUGGUGGCCAUGAUGAAGGCAGCCAUCAGUGAGACGGAGGACAUCCCCGUGUUUGAGCCCAAAAUGACCAGAUCCAAGCUGAAGGAAGUGGUGGAGAAAGGCGUGGUCAUCCCUACGUGGAAUAUUUCUCCGAUCAAGAAGGCGAAUGAAAUCAAGCCCCCCCAGUUUGUCGACAUCCCCCUGGAGGAGGAUGAUGAUUCCUCAGAUGAAGAGUACCAGCCAGAGGAGGAGGAAGAGGACGAGACAGCGGAGGAGAGCUUGCUGGAGAGCGACGUGGAGAGCACGGCCUCCUCGCCCCGCGGCGCCAAGCGGUCCCGGACCAGGCAGUCGUCCGAUACGAUGGAGACGGACGAGGAGGGAGGGCUGCCCUCGGAGGCAGAGAAGGCCCCGACGCCGCCCCCCCAGCGGCACAUCAGUGCCGAAGUUGUGCCCAUGGGACCCCCGCCGCCCCCCAAGCCCAAGCAGAGCAAGGACAGCACCUUCAUGGAGAAGCUGCAUGCGGUGGACGAGGAGCUGGCCUCCAGCCCGGUCUGCAUGGACUCCUUCCAGCCCCUAGAAGACAGCUUGAUCGCCUUGCGCACCCGCUCGAAGAGGCCCCUGAAGGACGUGCCCCUCGGGCAGCUGGAAGCAGAGCUCCAGGCCCCGGAUAUCACGCCGGAUAUGUACGACCCCAACACGGCGGACGACGAGGAGUGGAAGAGGUGGCUGGGCGGCCUCAUGAACGACGACGUGGGGAACGAAGACGAGGCGGACGACGACGACGACCCGGAGUACAACUUCCUGGAGGACCUGGAUGAGCCAGAUACGGAAGACUUCAGGAACGACCGGGCCGUCCGGAUCACAAAGAAGGAAGUCAAUGAGCUGAUGGAGGAGCUGUUUGAGACGGCUGCCCCACUGAUCUGGAUGCCCUCUGUCUCUGCUCAGUUCCAGGACGAGAUGGGAUUCCCCAACGUGGAGGACGAGGGGCCGGAGGACGAGGACAGCACUGCAGAGGCCCGUCCGAAUUUUAAUACCCCUCAGGUGCUCAGGUUCGAGGAGCCCCUGGCCAACCUCCUCAACGAGCAGCACCGGACGGUGAAGGAGCAGCUGGAGCAGCUGCGGGUGAAGAAGACGGCCGCCCGGCUGCCCCCGUCGGAGGCGGAGAAGGCCAAGGGGCACGGUGAGAGGCCCGUGCCGGUGCUGAGCAUGGACGCCGGCCAGAGGAAGAGACUCCAGCAGCAGAUGCAGCAGCACGUCCAGCUCUUGACCCAGAUUCACCUCCUCAGCAGCUCCAACCCUGGCCUGAGCUCGGAGUUCAGCACCACCCGGCUCUUCCUGACCGAGCUGGAAACGUUUGCCCAGAGAUCCAGGCUCCUCCACCGGCCCCUCGGUCCGGGCCCCGAGUUCCAGACGGCCUUCCAGCCCUGCAACCUCCCGGAGGCUCUGCAGCUCAUUGAGGACUUCCACGCCCAGGUCGAGUGGAGCCCGCGCAAAGCUGUGAAGAAGAGCGUGAACAACUUCCCUUCCCUGCCGAAGCACGUGGCGUGGAUCCUGGCCACCAGGCGGGUCUUCAUGUAUCCCGAGUUGCUGCCCAUCUGCUCCUUCAAAGCCAGAAUGCUGCGGGAUAAGAUCAUCUACACCAAAGGGGAGGACAAUUUGUUAGCUUUGGGUCUGAAGCACUUCGAAGAGACCGAGGUCCCGAAACUCCUGAUCAGCAAGUACCUCCUGACGACCAAAACGGCCCACCAGCUGACCGUGCGGAUCAAGAACCUCGGCAUGAGGCGGGUUCCCGACAACAUCCUGAAGUACUAUAAGAAGACGAAGCAGUUGCCUGUCCUGCCCAAGCUUUGCGAAGAGAUGCAGCCUGGCGAGUGGAAGCCGGCCCUGGAGAAGGAGGAGCACCGCCUGCCCUUCUGGCUGAAGGCCAGCCUGCCCUUCAUCCAAGCCCACCUGGAGCAGACGGCCCGGCCCGCUCCCAGCCUCGGCAAGGCAGACGGAGGACCCGCGGAGGCGGCUGCGGCGGUGGGGGGCGAAAAGUACCCGCUGCGCAUGCCCGAGGGCCUGCAGUGGAUCCUGCGGCCUCUCUCCAGCCGCUUCUGCCAGAAGGCCUGGAGGCGGCAGCGGCCCGCCGCCAGCAAGGUCCUCCCGGCCCGCCCGGGCCUCGGCCUGCCGUCCGUGGGUGCCAGCCACUACCUGAAGAUGGCCGCCAAGCCGUGCCCCCCGGAGGUGCCGCCCCGGAAAGGAGGGCCCGCUCCCAGGAAAGGGGUCCCCCGCCUGAUCAAGCCCGCCCCGCUGCUGCAGCCGUUGCCCCGCAUGCAGCACCUGAGCCUGCCCUCCGCCGUGGGGCACGGCGGCGGCGGCUUCGGGCUGCAGGGCGUCCUCUCCGCGCCGCACGCCGGCCCCAGGCCCUGCUUGGCCGCCGCCCUGCCCCAGAACCUGGUCUCCUCCGUGCCGGUCGCCUUCCAGCCCCGAAUGACCCUCUCGGCGUUCCCCCUGGCCAAGACCCGGAAGCCCGGUGCCCCCAGAGGCUACCAGAAGAAGAAGGGCCCCAAAGCCGCCCCGCUGCUGAAAGCCGCCCCCCUGCUGCACCCGGCGCCCGUCAUCUUCACCGUCCCGGCGGGUGCCGUGAAGGUGGUGGGCCUCGCCAAUGGCUGCAACGUGCUGCAACCCCUGGCCGCCGUGGGGGGCCGAGCCCCACAGCCCAUCCCCAUCACCACUCUGCUGGUGAACCCUGCCCCCUUCCCCUGCCAGCCGCUGGCCACGCCUCCCCUCCCCUCCUUGGUGCUGGCCUCCAGCUCGUCUGGCGCCCCUGCGGCCGCCAAAGACCUCGAGGCGACCAACGCAGCCGCCUCCAGAUUGGCCGUGGGCGGAGGAGAGCCCACCUGCCCUGCCGGGGCGGAACCCCCCGCGGAGCUGCAGGGACCCCCAUCGUGUUCUGCCAGCCCCACUGCGGAGGAACAUGGCCCCCAGCAGCCGGAUCUGGACCCCGGCGUCCGAGUGGAGGCCUCUGCGCAGGCUUAUGUGGAGAUGGAAGAGGAGAGAGCCCUGGAGCGGCCGGCCGAGAUUCCCUUCUCCCCGUUGGCAGAGCUCGGAGCGAUGGCGACGGUGGCAUUGGGCAGACCCAGCGACGCCCCCCCGGAAGCUGCCCCGGUCCCGGAGAGCCCCCCAGCCCAAGAAGACCUGGUGUUGGAUCUCGGGCAGGAGCUGGACGUGGAGGCCGCCCCGGAGUGCCGGGCGGAGCUGAAGGGGGGCGGAGGCGGGCCGAGCCUCCGUGGGAACGAGGCAGGAGGGCAGGGGGGAUCCGGGCAGGGCCCAGGCGGCACAGAAAAAAGCGGCAGCCCCCCGAAGAACUCCUCCGGCUCGGCCGCUGAGGCUGGGUCCGGCAGCCCCUUGGCGAAGCCGGAGGAUUUGUCCAGCGUGGCCGGCCCCGAGGGGGCUGGCGAGAAAGAAGGGCCGGAGGAGGAGGAGGAGGAGUUUGACGACUUCACCCAAGACGAGGAGGACGAGGAGAUGUCCUCGGCGUCGGAGGAGUCGGUGCUCUCGGUGCCGGAGCUGCAGGAGACGAUGGAGAAGCUGACGUGGCUGGCGUCGGAGAGGCGCCUGAGCCAGGAGGGCGACUCGGAGGAGGAGAACUCCCAGGAGGAGAACUCAGAGCCGGAGGAGGAGGAAGAGGAGGAGGAGGAGGAAGGGGAGAACCUGGAGAGCCUGCAGAAAGAGGACGACAUGGCCGGCGAGGUGGCAGACCUGGCCGACCGGCCCGCCUCGCCCCUGGCCCUGGCCUGUGCCACCCCGGAAGUGAAGCCCAGCAGCAGGACGCCGCCAGGGCAGAGCGCCAAGGCACCCGGGAAAAGCCGGGGCUCCCACCGAGCCCGAGCGAAGCGGGGCCGGUCUCGCGCCAGCAAGGACACCUCCAAGCUGAUGCUUCUCUAUGCUGAAGACAUCCUGGAGAGGGACCCCCUGCGGGAGCAGAAGGACCUGGCCUUUGCACAGGCUUAUCUGAGCCGGGUGCGUGAGGCCUUGAGGCACAUCCCGGGCAAGUACGAGGAGUUCCUCCGCAUCAUCUACGAGUUUGAGAGCAACGCCGGCAAGCAGAUGGCCGUGGACCUUUACGCCCAGCUGCGGGGCCUCCUGCGGGAGUGGCCCCAGCUGCUCACGGACUUUGCGGCCUUCCUCUUGCCCGAGCAAGCCUUGGAAUGUGGGCUGUUUGAGGAACAGCAGGCCUUUGAGAAGAGCCGCAAGUUUCUCCGGCAGCUGGAGAUCUGCUUUUCCGAAAACCCUUCCCACCACCAGAAGAUCAUCAAGGUGCUGCAGAGCUGCGCAGAGUGUCUGCCCCAGGAGAUCAUCGAGUUGAAGACCCAGAUGUGGCAGCUGCUGAAAGGACACGACCAUCUACAGGACGAAUUCUCGGUCUUCUUUGACCACUUGCGGCCCUCGGCCAGCCGCUUGGGGGACUUCGAGGAAGUCAACUGGACGGAGGAGAAAGAGUAUGAGUUUGAUGGGUUUGAAGAAGUAUCGCUGCCGGAUGUGGAAGAGGAGGAGGACCCACCCAAAAUCCAUGCUGCCUCGAAAAACAAGAAGAGGAAGGAGCUCGGGGGGCAGAACACUGACAAGGAGGCGGAGUGGGCCGAGGGGGCCAAGGAGUGCUGCUGCGCCUGCCACGAGGGGGGCGGCGACCCCCGGCUGAAGAGGGGCAAGCGGAGGAGCUGCAACCACUGCAGCGGCGGCGGCGGCAAGGCAGGAGACGGCCGCUCGUACCGGAAUAAGGACCCCCAGGAGCUCAGCGACAGCCUGGCGCCGCAAGAACAGAGCCCCCGCCCGGAAGGGAAGGAGUCUGCGGAGGAGGGGGCCGAGCCCAGAGAAGACGGGGACGCGCCCCCAGGCAGAAUGAGGGCAGCAGCCAGGAAGGCUGACGGGAGAGCAGGAGGUUCUCGUGUGGAAGGAAAGUCGCCCGCGAGCAAAGAAGGCCCCUUGGAGGGGGCUGCUCCUCCAGCCAGCAGGCCUGCCGAACCGUGCGCUCCGCAGGGGCCCCACUGCCCCAAGAAGACACCGGCAGGGGAUGCCCCCCAGCCGCUCUCCUCCCCGCCUCCCACGGCCUCUUCCCCCGUCCAGCCGCCAAGGGCCGCCCCGCCCAGGCUGCAUCAGCACAAAAGCGGCUCGUGCGCCGCAGGAGGGGAUGGCGAGGCGGGACGCGGCCCGAGGAGCGCGGAGGCUCCCCCCGGCCUGGGCAGAGACGCUUUGGGGUCUGAGGCGGCUGCAGGGACGGCGUGGCGGCUGGGCUCUCCCGACGCCGGCCCUUCUCCGGCUCGGGCUCUGCCCCAAGCGCUUCCUCCGCAGGCCAGCCUCUCGGACAAACUUGCUGCUCCGCCUCGCCCGUGUCUCAGGGUGUCAAGGAGUGGAGACAGAGAGGCCGAGGGGGAUGCCGGCGGCAAAGGAAGGGACCUGGGGGGCUCGCCCUCCCAAGACCGCGCGGGAAGAAACUCUGCGACUCAGGCGGAGGAGGCCUCAGGGGCUCGUAGCCCGCAAGCCCCGGCCGGCGGCGGCCGAGGGAAGGCCGCCGGCGCGAGCGAGGGUUUGCAGGAACCGCGGCGGCAAGCGGAGGGCGGCGCGCGGGAAGAGACGCUGCCCCGUGUGACGGAAGCCACCGUGUGUGCCAAGAACAUCAAGGUCAGCUCCACCGGGGAGAAGGUCGUCCUGUGGACCAGGGAGGCCGACCGGGUCAUCCUGACCACCUGCCAGGAGCGAGGAGCUCAGCCGGACACGUUCAACGCCAUCUCCCAGCAGCUGUACAACAAGACCGCCGAGGAGGUCGCCCACCGGUUCAGAGAGCUGAUGACCUUGUUCCACACGGCCUGCGACGUUAGCUCGGAGGACGAGGAAGACGGAACAAGCACCAGCAACACCGACCAGCUGUCGGACAGAGACCCAGGCCUCUCGGAGGAAGAGCGGGAGGAACAAGGUUGUUAGGUAGGAGAAGCAGCCCUGAGGUCCUGAAGAGCUUGGCACCCCGUGCAGGGCGGCGAGGGAGGAUGUUGCCAGCAUCUCCUCCUCUGCUGUCACUGGCUCCAGAGUCCUCUGUUCCCCCUGCCCCCCAUCACGCUGAAGCUGCCUCUGAAGGCUCCCGAAAGGGAGCAGGGGUGAUCAUCUGCUACAUACUGGAAGGAUGUGGAUUGUACUGACUUCUGGAUGACGUCCGAUGUAAAUAUUUUAAGACUGGGGAAAUAUGUGCACUCUCUCCCGUGCCUCUUCUGGGUGGAUAUUUAUUGUGCAGUGGUAUUGGAAAACAAAUAAAGCCAUUCUCUUGUGCUCAAAGAGAAA